AUGCAUUCCGCUGACAGGCGCUCUGCGCAUGCUGCUGCCGCUGCCGCUGUGCAGGGCGAGCCCCUAAUCGUGCAGGUUGGCUGGGCCGCCACCGCGGUUAUGUUCUCCUUCUCGCUGUCCCUUGUGGUGUGGGGCCGCUCCGGCCUCUGA